AUGGCUUCUAUCGUCGAUUUCUUUUCGAAUGUUCUCUUCCGCCCUGUGGAGUCCUAUUGCAGCUUUGGUCCGACGGUGAACGAACUCACCCUAGGUUUGCUGGGCUAUUCCUUCAAGCCGGAGGUUGAUAUCAAUGAUCUGUCAGGGAAGGUGGUCUUCGUCACCGGAGGGAACGCCGGACUAGGAAAGGAAACGAUCCUCCAACUUGCCCGACACCAUCCAUCCCGUAUAUAUCUCGGUGCGCGGAGUGCAGCCAAAGCCGAAGAUGCCAUCGCUUCGAUCCGUGAACGAGUUCCAUCCGCUGAUAUACGACACAUAUACCUGGACCUAACAUCGUUCAAGUCCAUUCGUGCCGCCGCAAAGCAGUUCACAUCGGAAUGCGAUCGCUUGGAUAUCUUGAUUCUCAACGCAGGUAUCAUGAACACCCCGCCUGCGCUAACGGAGGACGGUUUCGAGAUCCAAUUCGGAACAAACCAUAUCGGGCAUUUCCUACUUACUGAGCUGCUAUUUCCUACGCUGCAGCAAACCGUUGCUCUGUCGUCGGAUGUCCGAGUAGUGACGUUAGCCUCUGCCGCGAACGUUAGCGCGCCACCCUUCGAGAUCAUGACUUCUACGUCGGCGCUUUUAGCCAGUCACACACUGACCCGGUACGGUGCAUCUAAGGCGGCGAAUAUCCUCUUUGCGUCGGAGCUGGCUCGUCGCCAUCCGGAGAUUCUUUCCGUCGCAGUCCACCCCGGCUCCGUCGUGAGUGAGCUCUGGGAUCAUACGAGCAAGAUAAGUGUCAUGGCCAAGUAUAGCAUAGCCACCAUCUUGGCUUUCAGCCGGAGUAUACGUACCGGAGCCUUCAACCAGCUCUGGGCCGCCGGAGCAAAGAGAGAGCUGUUAGCCAAUGGGGCUUAUUAUGUCCCCAUUGGAGUGCACGCUGCGGGCAACCGGUAUGCGAUUGAUACUGAUAUGGCCCGAAGGCUGUGGGAGUGGACUGAGAAGCAGAUUGCUGAGAGGUCUUGA